AGGGUCACAUAAACGUAGGCUAAGCACAUCAGAAAUAUUUUAAAAUGUCUAUGGUUUAUUGUACAUUAAAUUAAGCGGGAGAGAUAUGAUUUUACAUCAGGUUACGUGGCGUGAUGUCAUCUAUAAGCGCCUAAGAAGUUUGGAAAACAAAAAGUUGGACGCGGCGUGUGAUGAAUGGAGAUUUUUAUACUUUUUCUAAAUUGUUGACACUACAAUAGCUUGAAAUGUUUGUUGUUAUAAUUAAUAAUUACUUACAAAAAACACAUUGCAAAUAGCUUGUAUGGUUUUCAUUCAUUUUUAUAUCGUCGUUACGUCAGUUUUUGCUUAAAGUGUAACAGGAUAACCACCAUUCUCGUUUCGUUCCCGAAAACUAAAGGUGUUUAGCUAAUGUAGGCCGUGAAAUGGUGAAGGUAGCUUACAGUACUAUCAGUUUCGGUAUUUUGUGUCCUCUGGUUCCUCUAUCAAAAAUAAGAAAAUCCUUUGGAGGGACAAAUAUACAUUUUAUCUGGCGAUGAUUUCGCUGUGGCAGAUAAGUAUUAUCAUUUGAAAAGACGUGAUCUAACUUGGGAAAGGAGAACUUUAUGUAUUGAAUAAGAAAUAAACCAAAACAAAUAUUACAUGCAAAGGAAUUUGAAAUGCAUCCUGCUAAAAAGAAGAGCUCAUCGGCCCCUCCCACCAUCAACCCGAACUGCAAAAUCCUCCGGACUCUGAAGGAUGUGUUUGGGUUCGACUCGUUCCGAUCAUCGCUACAGGAGAAGGCAACCAGGGCGGUGCUGCAGGGAGAGAAGGAUGUGUUUGUUUGCAUGCCCACUGGUGCUGGGAAGUCCCUCUGCUACCAGCUGCCAGCUGUCCUGACCAAAGGGAUCACCAUGGUCAUCUCCCCUCUUAUUGCACUCAUUCAGGAUCAGAUAGACCACCUGCUGGCUCUGAAGGUGGCUAGCUGCACAAUGAACUCCAAAACCUCAGUGCAGGAGCGGAAGAAGGUCCUGGCAGACCUCGAGAGUGACAGCCCUCGCCUCAAGCUCCUGUACAUCACCCCGGAAAUGGCAGCAUCCCCAUCCUUCCAGCCCUGCCUGGCCUCGCUGCUCUCCCGUGGCCUCCUGUCCUACCUGGUGGUGGACGAGGCUCACUGUGUCUCCCAGUGGGGCCACGACUUCCGCCCCAGCUUCCUGAAGCUGGGUGAACUACGCAACCAAUUGCCAGGGGUGCCUUGCGUGGCCCUCACAGCCACAGCAAACCAGAGGGUACAGGAGGAUAUUGCACACUCCCUUUGUCUGCGCCAACCCCUCACCUUCAAGACCUCUGUCUUCCGGAGCAACCUGUUCUACGAUGUCAUCUUCCGGGACCUGCUCCCUGACCCCUUUGCCCACCUGCAUGGCUUCUGUACUAAUGCCCUGGGAGGCCAGACUGCAGCUGGGGGUUGUGGAAUUAUUUAUUGUCGGACCAGAGAGAGUUGUGAGGAAGUGGCUUACAAGCUCACUUGCCAGGGAAUCUCUGCUAAGCCUUACCAUGCAGGCCUGAAACCUGAUGACCGCACAACUGUGCAAAACGAGUGGAUGGAGGGCAAAGUGCCAGUCAUUGUGGCUACCGUCAGCUUUGGCAUGGGUGUGGACAAGGCCAAUGUCAGAUUUGUAGCCCACUGGAACAUUGCCAAGUCACUGGCAGGCUACUACCAGGAGUCGGGGCGCGCAGGCAGAGAUGGUGCACCUUCCAGCUGCCGGAUUUAUUAUUCCCCCUCAGACCGAGACAAGAUGACCUUCCUCAUCGGUAAAGAAAUUGCUCGCACCCAGAAGGUGCGUGGCUCAAAGAAGGAACAUGAUAAUGCCAGUAUCAAGGACUUUGAGGCCAUGGUGGCUUUCUGUGAGCAGGCAGGGUGUCGCCAUGCUGCUAUUGCACAGUACUUCGGGGACGAGAGGCCCAGCUGCAACAAGUCCUGUGACUUCUGCCGAGACCCAGCAGCAGUGAGACGGCAGCAGGAAAUGGCCCACGGCCUGACCUUCAACAGCAAGACCUGCAUCCAGGCCAGGGAGCCUAAAGGAGCCUUUGGAUUUGAUGCCGAGCUCUAUGCUGGGGGCCGCCGGGGCUAUGGCUUCGAGAGGUACGACGAGGAGUAUGAGGGCAGUGGGGAGGAGGAAUCAGAUCGGCGCAAGAAAGAGUUCAGCGACCUGUUCAAGAAACAGAUGAGUAUUCGAAAGGAUAAGGAGACGAAAGAAGUCUUUGCCCCUCCAGAUCCAGACUGCCCUCUGAGAGAAGCCAGUUGCCAGAGAAUCCCACGGCUCACAGUGAAGGCAAGGGAACACUGUCUGGCCAUGCUGGAGGAGGCACUGAGCAGCCACCAGAGGGCGGCAGCCUGCAGCAGCUCCGACCCCCGGUCAUCAGCCAUCGACAUGGAGUAUGAAGUCUUCAGACUGAGCAAAUCUGCCAAUCUGUACAAGGCGACCAUGCUGAAGAAGGUGACAGAGAUCAAGAAAGGGGAGAAAACAAAGGCCCCUGUUGGCCUGGCCGAGGGGAGUGACAGAAACCGCCCUACAGCCAGAGACGAUCCAGAGUCCGCGGCAGCUUCAGAGAACUUUGUGCCGGCCUCCCAGCUCUAUUCAAUGAAGUCCAAGCGUGUGGGGGCAGGGGUGCGGGGGGCCUCGAACCCCUUCCAGAGUGCUGCAGAGCUGCUGAGAACCUCCCAGAAAGCCAGCGUCGCUGAGGAGGGUAAAGCAGCCCAGGAGUCCUCAGCUUGUACGUUGCAGGCGCUCUGUAGUCCAGAGGACACUCAGGGAGAGUCCGGAAGUGAAGAAGCAUCAAGGUCUGGCAGGAAAGGAGGGGAGAGGCAGGAGGUGUCCCAGCCCAAAACUCCAUGGGACAGACCAGCUGUGAGCAGCCCUUCCAAGAAGGGCAAGGUGUCCAAGAAGCAGCAGAAACUGUCAGAGGCGGCAAAGGACUCACGGAAAAUCUCCCAGUUCUUCAAGAAGAAGGAGAACGCUCCCAAGGAGGAGGAGGAGCCUCCUCAAAUACAGUUUCCGAAUGGGCAGGACUGUAAGGGUGGCUGUGAGGACCAAUUCCCAUCUCCAUCUCCCACGACUCCUGGCACCAUGGCUCGGGGAGAGGAUGGGGAAGAUGCCUCCUCAUCUACAGACAGUGCUGGUAAAGCUGAGAACAGCUUAGGCCCUGAAGCACAGGAGCCAUCAGGUGAUCUGCUUGACAGAGAGUCUGAGGACAGUACAGGCAGCCCAGUCAGCUCCGGGAAGAGGUCCCGCUCACAGAAGGAAAGCCUGGACUCUGAGAAUCCUGCAUCGAAGCGGACCCGUGCCGAUGAACUGCCCUCUGACCCAGGCCAGCCAGAAUCAAAGGUCUCUCUCCUGAAGAAGAAGGUUACCUUUGAUCCUAACAUAGUCCAAAAGGAGAGGGGGCCUCAGGCCCCACAGCCUGUGGUCUCCCUCAAGGAGGCAGCUGAAAUCGUGGUGAAAUAUCUGACCCCCUUCUACAAAGAUGGCAAAUUUGCCUCCAAGGAGCUGUUCAAAGCAUUUGCACGAUUCCUGUCUCACUUUCUGACAGAAGGCAAGACUCCAAUGAAGAAGAAUGUGAAAGAAGAAGCGAGGCGUCUGAUCAGCAGGUUCUUCAAGACAGUCCAGCGCUGUGAGAGCGAGGCAGACUGGAGUCACCUGCAGAGCCCUGGCACGUGAGAAGAGGGCCAGCGGGGAGGACAGAGGGCACAGGGUGACACCACAGCCCUGCAGGGACAGCCACCAUUGACCAUAGCUCAGGACGUGACUCGACACAGCAGGGCUUCACGCUGGUCAUCAGUCGCGCAGGGCAGGGGAUUGCCCACAAACUCAGGGUCCUGCAAUGGUGCACACUGACUGUAAGCACCACUGCAGCAAGUUUAGUCUUAACUCUUUCACUAUGAAAUAUGCUCAUGCUAACCUAUAACUUAUUCAGGAGGCCGAAAAUUAUAAGACAUGCUUCUAAAUCCCUGAUUUGAUAUAUAGAAUUGUAUCUUAAAAUGAACCUAAUGGAAUGAUCCACAAUUUUCAGUGGCAGCCUGCAUGUGUAGAAUGAAAAUUCUUGAAUUUGAUCCAUUUGUUAUCAACCUGCGCUGAGCCUAGUUUUCACAGUGGCUUUUAUUACACUGUCAAGGAUGAGCCAGUACUUGCCAAGUGCAUUCUCUUAGAUGUCUCCUUUUUAAACCACUUAGAAAGACCUGCUGUUAUUAUGUUAUUCAUAGCCACAGAGGACUGUGCAUGGAAUAUAAUUUCAUGGGCUUGCAGUAUUGAAAGAGUUAAUACUCCAGUCCAGUAAAGCACUUUAAAACAUUGGGGUUUCUCUCUCCCAUUUUCAAUAAGCUUUUCCUGCUGUAUCCUAACAAUAUCCUCUCCUGGAUAGACAAUACUAAAGAAGUGAAUAUCAUUAGCCAUACCAGGGGGCUGUUUGGGUGAGCUUGAUGACCAUGACUCCCCCCACCGGUAAAAUGUCAAACCAUACCAAAUUGUGUGAUCUUCCUUUAAGUGCACUACAGCAGGUGUAUCUUUUACUGCUAAUGGAGGGUGUUGAAUUUGCAGAUUUCUUGAUAAUUUGACUAUUAACCUGCUAGCUCAAUUGAUGAUUAACUAAAUUGGACCAGUUCAACAGUAUUUCCCUGUUCCCAAGAUGUUCUGGUUUUAAAGAGUCCUAUAAAAGCUGCUGGAAUGCAACCCCCCAGUACUCGAGACUGGGCAGCCCUGCAUUACAGCAGCAAUGGUGCACAGAGGUCAACCUUAUUUUGUAGGUCAUGUUUAUGGAUUACUAAAUUGGCAGUUAGGUUUUCUUUUGUGUGUUAAAUAACUUUUGGAAGAUAUAUAAAGUGAAAAUGCAUGGAAUAACUGAUGAACUGGUAAAGCCAGUGACUUUUUCUGUUAUGUUAAAAUUAAUGGGCUUAGAUUUUAAACAGCUAAAAAGGUUAGUGUUUUCCUCAAACUUGUUUACAGUGCUUAUAGUGGAGAAUGUAUUUGGCAUGUAAAGAUUAAUUGGAUAUCAUUAAGCUCCAUUCUUUUAUACCCAAAAAGGCUAUAUUUCAAGUUUAAGAACUGUUGCUUGUCCUACAAUAACCUGACACUUCUAAAACCAGACAGGUCUGUUUGCAAUGUUGCCUGUAAAAUGAAAAUAAAUUAACACAGUUCAAAGCUGAGUGUUUAA